AUGGCGACUGCGUCAACUUCAUCGACUCAUGAAGUUAUUGUGGAAAACCCGAGAACCAGCGAAACAAACACUCGUGAAAAUCCAAGAUUUCGCGGAGUAGUAGAUGCGUUACUUGAAGUCUGUUAUAAACUCGAUGUGGUUCUGUGCUGUGGUUUACAUUUCUGUGCACGUUGUUUUCGCCCUCGAGUUCGUCUUCGCCAGUCAAUCUUCACCCGAAUGUCUUACAUUGGACUUUUGUUAGGGGCUUCCUUGCUCUGUUGUUUUUUGCUAACACCGCGAACAAGACACAUUCUUGGCGAUGAAUUUUGCCAAACUGUCUCCUACUUUUUCUGUGACACAUUACUUAGCUACGCCUCCGUGUACAGAGUUCUUUUCAUGCUAGCCAUCUUUUAUUUUGUCCAGAGCUUGGCUUUAUAUGGCGUGUUAUCGAGUCGUGACAGCCGAGCACGGAUCAACAAUGGCUUUUGGGGAGUCAAGAUUUUAGUUUUAUCGUUACUAACGUUUUUAUUUUUGCUUAUACCGCAUUCGGAAUACACUGGCGAAGUAUGGACAUUCUUUGGCUUAAACGGAGGCUUUGCUUUUAUAAUUUUGCAAUUUGUGCUGUUAAUUGACUUUGUACACUCGUGGAAUGUUAGCUGUGUAGAGAGACUCGAAGCCUCUACAUCUUAUACACAGCUGAACUUAUGGUAUAUGAUUCUGUGGAUACCAACCAUAACACUUUACGCAAUCUCCAUUAUUUCAAUCAUUUCCUUCUAUAUUCUUUACGCAUGGGCGCCUGGCUGUCAUAAUAACAUGUUUUUUAUAACGUUUAAUGUUUAUCUCUGUGUUGCUGCCACUUACAUUUCUGUUAAUCCUGUCGUCCAAGAUGCGCGCCCGCGUUCGGGACUCCUUCAAGCAGCGGUCGCCACCUCUUACAAUACCUUCAUCACGUGGUUAGCAUUGUCAAAUGAACCUGAUGAAGUUUGUAACCCAUCACGUGACUAUCUCUUCCCUGGAACUCCAUUUAGUAACAUUCAAAUACUGUUAAGUUUAGGAUUCAUGUUCUUUGUGUUAAUCUACGCCUGUUUACGCGAUGUUCGCGCUCCGCAGUACGGCAAACUACAACAAGGACACGUUACACGCAAGCAAACACAGGAAACUCGCGAGGUACACGAUAGAGAGGACGCUAGAGUGCGUGUAGACGUUUUCGAGGAAGGGGGUUGCGUAUUUGAUGAUGAGCGUGACGGCGUGGCCUACAGUUAUUCGUUUUUCCAAGUGCUUUUUUGUUUAGCUGCUCUCUAUUCCAUGAUGACAUUAACUAGCUGGUACCGGCCAGAAGAGGCUCAACAUUUUAGUGUCAAGUUAGUCUGCGGAUGGGGAGCGGUAUGGAUUCGACUCUCUGCUGCUAUUUUCAGCACGUUCAUCUAUAUCUGGACAUUGAUAGCGCCUGUUAUCUUUCCCGACUCGUACAGGGAUUUAGUUUUCUUUCAAUUUAUGCUAAGCGCGCAGAAACCGAUGCGGACAGUACGAAGACCAACAAGCUGA